AUGGCCGCAACAGACGCGCUCGCUCGCCACGUACAGGCCUUGCCACAAGAGCUAUACGACCGCAUCCUCGCCUACACCCUCACCACCCCCGAGUUCAUCACGAUCGACCGCGCAUACCGCCUCUUCCGCAGCUACAGCCGCAACACCACCUUCGAGAUCGACAAUAUUGGCCUAUGCGAUCGAUGGCUACGGUCUCUGCGCGCAGUCGCUCGACAGGGCAUACAGAACCUCCACUACAUCAGGCCCACGGGCAAAGACAGCGUUCCAGUCCCGGUCGGACCCGGGAUAGGCGACUUUGCGACAGUCCUCUACAUUAUGGGCUUCUACCGGGCGAAGCUAUCGCAAGGACCUGCGUCUCAUGGCAAGACGGUUUUCAUCGGCGCCACACGACUGCCGCAAGGAUGGGAUUUCGACGGUCGGUUGGAAGACAAUGAGUGA